CGAGAGCCGCUCUUUAUGCGCAGGGGCGGGACAGCCGAGCUAGCUAACUGAAACUGAAACAUCUGUAUAAGGAGAAAACUUCAACUAUUUCUGAGCAGCCUUACAGGAAAUAUUAGCAAGAGGAGGGAAACCCAAGGGCUAAAAAUGGACUGGUUCCACUGUAAUCAGUGCUUCACAAAGAGAGGGUCGAAGUUUGCAGUGUCCAGCUGUGGCCACAUCUGUUGUGAAGCAUGCAUUAAAUCUAAGCAGUGCACUGUAUGUGGGGCCAGCUGCAGUUAUCUGCCCAUCACAGAUGAGAUGAAGCCACAGGAAAAGGUGUUCUUUAAGGACCCCGUGAAGCUCAUCCAGUCACGGCUGGAGCAUAUUUCACAGAUUGCGCUUUUUCAGCAGACACAGAGGGAGAAAGUCAUAGAGCACUUCAAGCACAAGUCUCUUGAACUGGAAAGGCAUCUCAAGGAAGUCACUGAGCAGGGCUACAGGCAACUCUCUGAGCUGAAAAGAGAGAACGCUGACUUAAAAAAGCAGCUUUCAGAGCUAAAAAGAGAGACUGAUGAUUUGAAAAGGCCACUUUCUCAGCGUAGGGUUUCUCCAGGACAGUUUCCUGCAGAUGGUACCCAAAGGAUGUCACUCCCUGUAGCUGUCACCUCCCCAGUUACCCGUCAUUCAAGAACUAUGGGUUACGUAGGCUCAGCAGAAUUGCAGGGGUGGGCCAGAGACACAGGUCCCAGACUGUCUGCCCUCAGAACUCCUGGAUCAGCUACCACUGUUUCAAGCCACAGUUCUCUUCAUGAACAUGUACACAGAACACCCACAUCCUUUAACACCCCUACAAGAGCUCAGCAUCAGACUCCUAAUGUUUUCCAGUUACAGUUUAUGAGUGGAUUGUCAAUACAGUCACCCAGGCAUUAAUGGACAUGGCCCCUAACAAUUCUGGGGACAUUUUCAGGAGUCUUUGGCCACAUAUCUGUUC